ACCUUCAACUGCAACUCGGCAAAUAACCGUGAUUGUGUUUUACGGCGAUGGAAGUGGUCUUCCUAUGCUAUACACUGUUAGUUUGCUAAAGCAAGGUUGCUGUAAAGAUCUUAGUGAACAACUAAGUACUGCUUGUUGCUUGAAUGUUCAUGAGAUUCUUCUGCUUGCAGAGGUUUAUGAACAUAAGAUUUUUUGAUAUUUGGAAAACCCCUCAGAGCUAUUGGCUCUAAUUAAGGAGGAUGACCACUUAUAGACUUUCUAAAAACGUCGUGGGAAGAUCCAGAGUUGAAAUAAUUCAUCGACCACAUGAAAAGUGCCCGUCAGACAGUGUUAAGGGUUGUCAGGGAAAGCUUAUCGGUACCCCUUUUGUUACUUAUUUAAAAGAGCCAAUAUGUGGAGCCAAUGUUGAAGCCGGUGUUACUAGAUUGUUGUCACCUUUGAAGAGAACGCGUCCUUCAGUUAAGCUCCAGAAUGGUAAGGAAAAUGGAUUUGAAAAAGAGGUUAUUGAAGAACCAUCAAACAGCUACAAUUCUAAGAACCUGUCAAUGGAUGAUGCAGAAGUAGAGGAAAAAUCCAGCAAAGCGUUAUUUCUGUGUUGAAAGUAGUAAAUUUUA